AUGAAUCUAAAGCCGAUUUUAACCGGCCUGCAGGAGAGUACAAGUACUCUCUAAAGAAAUUUUUUAAUUUACUUUGCAAAUAUUUUUUGCAUCUAAAAUUGACACAACAUAUUUAAAAAAAAAUUUUAACCUAUACUAAAUAAGUAUUUUUAUCAUUUAUUAUUUUUAAGUUAACUUUAAACUACUUUUCAACCAUGAUUUCAAGCAACGAGCCUUUGGAAAUAACUGGCAACGAGCUGGUUCACAUACUCAGGACCCCCCGGGAUGAGUACACCUCUGCCGGGUGUGUGGUGCUGGACUGCAGACCGUUUCUCGACUUUUCCUUGGCGCACAUCUGUGAGUCCCGAAACGUGAACUGGAACGCCAUGAUGCGUCGUAGAUCCAAGAGUUCAGUGGUGGCUCUGGAAUGGCUCAUUCCGGACAAGACGCUCAGGGCUCGGCUCCAGAGCGGGGAGUUCUCCCCGGUGGUGGUGGUGGAUGAGAGAAGCAGCUACCUGAGCGAGCUGAAGGCGGAGAGCGUGGCCCGGAUGCUACUCACCGCCCUGCAAAGCGAAGUUCACACGCAGAUCUGCUUUCUGCAAGGUGGAUUUGUGGCGUUUUCAGAGGCCUAUCCAGAGCUUUGUUACACUUCUACCAGCAAUCACUCUGCAGUGGAACCAGAGCCAGUAGUGACAGGCAGGAGGACACCCGCAUAUGAUCAGGAUGGUCCCGUGGAGCUGCUGCCCUUCUUGUUUUUAGGCAGUGCCAUCCACUCGUCCCGCAGAGAGACGCUGGCAGCAGCCGGCAUCACCGCUGUGCUCAACGUGUCCUCUACCUGUCCUAACUUCUAUGAAGGGGAGUUUCAGUACCUGCGACUCACUGUGGAGGACACACUGGCUGCGGACAUCAGAGCAUGCUUUUCUGCUGCCAUCGCCUUCAUUGACUCGGUGAAGCAGAGCGGUGGAAGGGUGCUGGUGCACUGUCAGGCAGGUAUAUCCCGCUCAGCCACCAUCUGUCUGGCCUACCUCAUGCACACGCAGCGUGUCCGGUUGGACGAAGCCUUCGACUUCGUCAAGCAGCGGCGCCACGUCAUCUCACCCAACCUGGCUUUUAUGGGACAGCUGCUGCAGUUUGAGACUGAUGUUCUCUGUCAGGGCUGAAGGCACAAAUGCAUCUGUGAAAUUUAACUGACUCUCCUGCCUCUUGGCUUAUUGCGUUGGACUUGGAGCACUACCAGGACUCAAACCAUAUGCAUAAACUUAUUGUUGGGACUAUUGAAAGGUUCAUUUGGUCCAUUCAGAGAAAAGCUAAAUGUGCUGCUGCUGGCAUCACAUGGUUGGAGUCGUACUUUGACAAUGUCAUAUUUUGGCAAUGUAAACAAGUGUCAUGGCAACAUUAUGAACCACUGUGAUUCUGAGCCAGCAAGUUGGAGCAGCUAUGAGAUAAUUUCCUUGACGUUAUGCUUGCGUGGAGUUGUGUGUGUGUGUGCGUGCGUGUGUGUGUGUCAUUUGACUUCUGUGCCUGGUUGUUCGGAAGGGCUGAAUUAUUUUCAUACAAUUAGAACCACUGUGACGUGACAUGAUUCAUUUCAUAAGGAAACACUGUGUUAACUUAUAGCAAUACUUAGUUAAUCUCAUGUUUAGAAGGUUAGAAAUGCACUUACCACAGCUGGUAUCAUUCUAUAUCCUGAGAUGGCGCUCACUUGCUACACUCAAACUGGAAGGAGCUGUUUUUAAUCGUGUAAAUAUUUUAUUUAUUUCAACAUUUCUUAUGACAGUGUCACUGACAUUAAUAACUCUUAUUGCACUUUAUACCUACAAGUUUUGGCUUAUUUCUGCUGUUUUUUUUCCACUGAAAUUAAACAUGCUGGAACAUA